CUGUAUAUAUACAUAAAUUACAGACCAACAUUCUUGAAGAUAGUUAAGCAACAGGCAGUGCAGGAAUUCAAGCCCGACCCUUAUGUAGCAACUCUGCUAAAUUGUGCAUUGUGGUCCUUCUAUGGCCUGCCUUUUGUCAAGGAAGACAGCAUUCUUGUCACAACAAUUAACUCUGUUGGUUUGAUUAUAGAGAUUGUUUACGUUUGCAUCUUCUUCAUGUACUCUCCUAUGGAAAAACGAAGAAAGAUCGUGAUGGUACUUACUCUAGAAUUGAUUUUUGUGUUUGCGGUUGUUCUGGUUGCCUUCCUUGCAUUUCCUACUCCAAAGAAAAGAGCCAUAUUUGUUGGGAUUUUGUGUGUCAUCCUCAAUAUUAUUAUGUAUGCUUCUCCAUUGACUGUAAUGAGAAUGGUUAUCAAGACGAAGAGCGUUAAGUACAUGCCGUUUUUCCUUUCCCUUGCUAACUUGUGUAAUGGAAUAAUUUGGGUGAUCUAUGCAAUGCUUAAAUUUGAUAUUAAUGUUGUGCUUCCCAAUAGCUUAGGAGCUAUCUCUGGAAUGAUUCAGAUCUUCCUCUAUGCAAAAUACUACAAGACUACCCAGUGGGACAAUGAUGAAGAUAAUUCCAGAUAUAAACAUGAAGUUGAAAUAUCCUCGGCGCAAAGACAGAUUGGAAUAACUUUGGAUGCAGAUGUAAAUUUUGUUCCUCAACUUCAACCCAAUCAAUUUUUCCCAACACUGUGUGUGCAAUAUCCACUUAUAGCAUAUAGAAAGGGUGACCUUAGAUCUGACGUGGUGGUACCAGUUGCCGAGACUGGCAGGCAGCAAUCCAAAUAA